UGAGUCGACGGUUGCUGUUGGUGAAGCAGAGCGGUGUGGCGGCGGUACGGAAGGCACAGCUAGGUUAGCUAGCCUGCUGGCUAACGGCGUUGGAAACCAAGUAACAAAAAAGUCCUGCCUGGAGAGAGAAGAGCACGGAGUUACUGCCAGAGUCCAGCCGAGCCCAGGCCUUUCCACAGCGGGGUCGACAUGUCAGAGACAUACGAUUUCCUGUUCAAGUUCCUUGUGAUUGGCAGUGCGGGGACUGGAAAAUCCUGCCUUCUUCACCAGUUCAUCGAAAACAAGUUCAAACAAGACUCCAAUCACACUAUCGGCGUGGAGUUUGGCUCCAGGGUCGUCAACGUUGGUGGCAAAACGGUCAAACUGCAGAUCUGGGACACAGCAGGGCAGGAACGCUUCAGGUCAGUGACUCGCAGCUACUACCGUGGAGCAGCUGGGGCACUUCUUGUGUAUGACAUCACAAGUCGAGAGACAUACAAUGCUCUGACUAACUGGCUGACUGACGCACGGACACUGGCCAGCCCCAAUAUUGUCAUCAUCCUGUGUGGGAACAAAAAGGAUUUGGAUGCUGACCGCGAGGUCACCUUCCUAGAGGCAUCUCGGUUUGCGCAAGAGAAUGAGUUGAUGUUUCUGGAGACGAGUGCUUUAACUGGGGAGAAUGUGGAGGAGGCCUUUCUAAAAUGUGCUCGCACAAUUCUUAACAAGAUAGAGUCUGGUGAACUGGAUCCUGAAAGAAUGGGCUCUGGUAUCCAGUAUGGCGAUGCAUCUCUGAGGCAGUUGAGGCAGCCGAGGGGAACUGCUGCACAGACCAAGCAGCAGUGUAACUGCUAGGGGUCGGCCCCUUUCCCUUCCUUCUCCCUGAAUCCCUACGUCUUACCUCCCCCGCUUCAGCUCUCUUCCAGGUGUCUCUGGGUUUGCAGGUUAAAUCCACCACGUUUGUCCAAUCGUCGACAGCAACCCUCCAUACCCAGACACAUCUGGAUAAUUUCUUAUGAAGCCCACCUGCAACCUUCGCCCACUGACCCAGGGGAGUGGGCUGCUGCUCCGCUGAGAGGUGCCCCUCACUAAGCAGUGUGGAGCAGGAAGACAGGACCAGUAGAGGUGACUGGUGGCUAGUGAGACUGCAGCCUUGGUGGCCUGGGGGGGAAGGGUGCUUUGUAGGGAACUUGCAAAUAUAACCUUAUCCUGUGAUUUUCAUUUGUAUAUACACAAUCACACUCGCAUUGUUCGUGUAGAGUAAACAGCCAUCAGCCUGGAAUCUGCACACUGGGAAAAACAGUAAUCUAGGAGAGGUGGAAAUGGUAACAUUCUGUGUUUUUCAUAUAAAUAAUGUCUUAAACCAAAUUAACAUUCUUCAAGUUAUUUAGCACAAAUCAGUUAAAAAUGAGGGCAAUUGGUUUAAACGAGUCUGGUUGUUUUGCUUUUGGCACAGAUCAGAGUUUUAGAGAUAGUUAAGAGUUAAAUUCACAGUGUAUUUAGAAGAAUACCCCAGGCUUUAAAGAAGAAACAUGUUUCUCAUAAGGUACAGUCAACAUUGUGUGUGUGUGUGUGUGCUUGUGUGUAUCUACCUUCCUGUUUUAGGCUUUGUAUGAUUAUUGAAUUCUCUUGUACCAAGUUGUACCACUGUGUUGACAACACACCUAAAGUGAGAUCUUUUCAGGUAAAAAAAAAAAAAGCCUUUAAAGCACAAAUGUAAGAUGAUGGAUCUUUAAAGCUGGCCCUCGAAACACCCAUAGUGACACAGUCAGCCUAAUCUGGUGCAUAUCAACCCUAGCAUGAAUCUCCACGUAAUGGACUGACAUUAAUUUCCUGUUUUAUCCUUAGAGAUACAACAGAGAUCCCCUUGGUGUCAUAGAGUUCAUUAUCGUUCGUAGGCUAGAGAUAAACUUGCUGUUAACUAUACGUUCUCCUAUUCAUGAUUGCUGUCUUGUGUGUCCUGUGUUCAUCAAUUUUGCACAUCUUUAGAAAUGAGUGCUGUACACACACAAAAAAACGACAGAGACAGUGCAGACAUUCAGCAACAUAAAAAAAAAGGCUCUGUGCCUAUUUUCCCCUCCGCAUUUACCCAUAUCUGUAUUUUUUUCGUUGCUGCUGUGGCAUAGGGAUGUAUGUGAAAAUUAGAUUUUUGUAAACGCAUAAACAAACAGCAAGUUUAUAUCUAGCUUUAGUAUAUUUGGUAAUGUGGCCCCCAAAACGUAGCACUAUAGUUGAUCUUUCCAUGCCUGUCUAGCAACUGUUGCUAAGUUAAACAAGCUUUAUGGAACAUUGACACAAAUUUUACAAAAGAUAAUGAGAAAUUAGCAUACUGUUCUUAGUGUCAAGCUCAUCGAAAGAUUCAUUAUGAAACAUUUGGAAACUUAAACAUGUUAAAUUUAGAGUGUGAGAGCAUAUUUGGCAAUGCUCUUUUUGGGUAGUAUCAUGGCACUCUCUUCCCUUAUUCCUGUGGUGAAACUGGAUGGCACAGGCAUCUGCUUGCUGAUGUAUCAGAGCUGGGGUCUGGCGCUUUCCUCUGAGGUUGUUGGCUGUAUAGUGAUGCUCCGUUGUCUGACUUCACAGCCUCCUAGUGCUGGGAAUAUUGCAAAUGAUUGAUGCAGGGAGUCUUCUUGAGUGGGUGGGUUAGUUGAUUGAGCUAAAUUGGGGAGAAGGGGAAAAAUUGCUUUGUUUUAUUAUAAAUGUCAGUUCAGACUAAAUAAAUACCAUUUGAAAUGAGUAACAUGCUUUUAAACUGAGGUGUUUUUGGAUGAUCACAAUUGUAAUUAAAUGUAAUGAGAAAUUUUGCGCACUUUGUUGAGAGUCAUGUUUUCAAAGCUAAUUUAUUGCAACAUUUAAGUACAAAUUCAGUGCUAAUUUAUACAUUUAUAUACCUCAGUUGGGUAAUGCAGCCAUGUUUGGAGGAAAGCGCCGCAUCCUCAACUUGAUUAACCUCAGCCCACAGACACCUGUGCUGACCAGUAUUACAGUAUAGUAGUGAUUUAGGGAAAGAGCACCAUCUACCUAUUUUUCAUUGGGUUUAAUGGAACUUUUGUUUUCUUCAAUUUACAAUUUUUUUUUCAGAAAGUUGAUACAAAAGUACAUUACAGUUGUGGGCGGAGCAUGGAUAGCUCAAUUCAUAUUAGGUUGUUUUCUGUAGUUUCUGUAGUGAUUUUGUGCAGUUCCUUAAGAAUGCAUGAUGAACCACAAUCGUAAUAAGUGCAGAUCUGUAGUAUAGCAUAUAGAAUAUUGUGGAUCCCAAAAAAAAUUAGAAGGCUGAUUUUUCAUUUAUUUAUUUUCUUUUUCUCUGUUUGACGAGCAGAGAAUCAUUGCACAGCGUAGUGACUGAAAACCAUCCACAUAAAGACCUCCUGACCAACGUGAAUGAUUAAACCAAGUUUGUUGACUAGUUGGAAGGGGGUAGUAAUGCUGGGUGGGUUAAAUGAAUGGCCGGAUUGGCUUGUUUUGUGGGCGUGGCUGCAUACGGCAGUUUCAGGUGAUGGCCAGGACAGUGCCCGUCCUCUCCCCAGUCACCCACCAUCACAGUCUUCAUUACCUGCCACAGUCGAGCCCAUUUCAGCCUCUGUGUUUUUAAAUACCGUCUCUGUAAUGUGUGGUGGCUCUUUUUGUUCUCUCCUGUUUGUUUUUUUGGUUUUGUUUUUUCUCUGCAAGUGCACUUUUUUUGACUGUUUAUAUACUGUACCUAUAGAAUUGUAAAAUUUCUAUUAAUUUAAAUAUAUAUGCUGUAAUGAGGAGAAAUAUUCCAGGAGGGAUCAUUCCUUACUAAAGAACAACUGAGCACAGUCCAACACCAUUUCAGUGAUCUGAAUUAAAUGAAGGAAGGAAGAACCACAUGCACUGCAUAUGGUGUAUAUACACUGAUCAGGCAUUAUAUGUCUACCUGCCUUUUUUUUUUUUUUACAA